AGAAUAUUUUUUUUACAGCUAAAAGAAAAGGAACAUCUACAAACGAAACAAACGUGGAACAGAAACAAUGGAAAAGAAAAAUGAACAAGUUAAAAAAUAAUAAAUCUGCAAAAAGAAUAAAGCUUAAUAAUAAUAAUAACAAUUCUAUUGCAUUUCCUACAAAUACCGACGAAAAAAAGAUGGAAAGUAAUAAGCCAAUAUACAACAAAGACAAAAAAAUGGUUUUUAGCAAAUUUGAUUUUCCAGAAACUGAGAAAAAAGCAUCUAAACAUUCGGGUAAAAAUUAUAAAAAGCUGCUGAAAAAGACACUGAAAGAAAAAGAAGAGUUGAAAACAAUGGAAAUUAAUGAUCCAGAAAAGGCAUUUGUUCAAAAAGAAAAAAAGAAUUGGUUGAAAGCCAUUGACAAAGCGGAAGGAAUAAAAGUAAAAGAUAAUCCCGAAUUAUUGAAGAAAUCGAUCAAGAAACAGGAACAGAUGAAAAGGAAGAGCCAGAAAAAAUGGAAGGAAAGAAAAGAAACAGUUGAAAAAUUCAAACAAAAGAAAGAACAGAAACGUCGGGAGAACAUCAAAGCAAAAAAACAGGAGAAAAUUAAUAAAAAAAUCAAAAGAGCAAAAAAGAAAGGAAGGAUAUUGCCUGGAUUUUGAUUUUUGUAUAAUACGCAAAAGAACUAUUAAAGUAUAUUUUAUAUAUAAUA